GUGACAGCGAUAAAUGAAAUAAUCUGACAUUUAAAAGUUUGGUUAUAUUGUAUGGUGAUUUGUCCUUUUAUUAAUAUCUAUCAAAAGUAAUAUCGUAUCAAAAUGGAUAUAACUGCCUUAUUUAAAGCUUGUGUCAAAACAGUACGUACUACCAACAAAUCUCUGGGCAUAAGGGAUCAGAAAUCAAAUAUUUUAAAAACCCAUAGAGAUAUCCAUCUCUCAACUGCAAGAGAUAUAGUUAAGCAAAUAACAAAACUCCAAAGCUUUCUAUUAGAAAAUAAGGCUGCUUACCUUAAUGUUAUAAAUUAUUUAUCUACAAAUAAAACCAUGUCAGAAAUCGAUAGGCAAAAAGUUGAUACAAUGGCAGAAGAAAUAAUAAACAAUUGUAGUCAGCUAAUAAAGGAAUAUAAAAAGGAAAUAACGGCUUUAUCAAAAAGUAGUCAAAAGGAAGAGCACUAUCAGAACGUCAUUGAUAGUUUAGAAUGCUAUUUAAAAAAUGUUUCCAAAAUAUAUACUGAAGCAAAAGCUGUGAGGGUAAAACGUGUAAUUGAAACACACAAAUUAUCAAAGUUAGAAACCAAACCAGUAAGUCAAAAACAAGAAAUCAACAAUAGUCAGAAUAAAUCUAGUUUAGAUAUUUCGAGCAAUUUGGCUUCUCCUAAAGAGACUGUUAGAGUUCCACCUGCAUCAGUUGACUAUGACAAUCAACUUUCUGCAGAAGAAAUGCAGAUGUUUGAAACAGAAAACAAUCUUCUUUAUAAUGAACUUAAUAGUAUUUCAGAUGAAGUUAGGCAGAUGGAAAGUAAAGUGGUGCAUAUAGCAGAGUUACAAGAAUUAUUUACUGAAAAAGUAUUACAGCAACAAGCAGAUAUUGAAAGGAUAGCGACAACUGUAGUUGGAUCCACUGAAAACAUGAAAGAUGCUAAUGAACAAAUUAGACAAGCAAUUCAGAGAAAUGCUGGACUGAGAGUGUACAUUUUGUUCUUUUUACUAGUUAUGUCAUUUUCGUUAUUGUUUUUAGAUUGGUAUAAUGAUUAAGUGUAUGUAAAAUUAUUUUAGAAUGGCUUGGGCUAUGCACAGAGUGAUUUUCUUGUGAAGUUUUUAGAUUGAUUUAAUCCUUCAAGGGUAAUUUGGUUAUUGUACAGUAAAUUUUAUAUUAAAGCAGUUUCAAGAAUACACAA